AUGAAUGUGCAGUGGCUCGACGCGGACAUAGUCGCCAACCUCCAAGGCAGAUGGGCAUCCUCGGCCGUGUUCUGCUACGAGAUCCUCAUCACUCUCGACUCGGAGGUCGAGCUCGUCUGGGCCAAAUCGUGGACGUUGCCGAAAGUGUUAUACGUUAUUUCUAGAUAUGGAGGGUUCGGGCUGAGCUUACUGGUGACGAUCGUCUCCUCUAUUGAUGAGAUUAAUGGGGUUUGCCGAAUAUUCAACGCAGUAGAAUACUGCUUCUUCAUCCUCUCCUCCCUCUCGGCCGACAGCCUCCUUCUCGUCCGGGUUUGCGCGAUCUACAGCACUGCGGGGAGCACGUUUGGGUUUAGGGAUGUGACGCUCCGAGGGAUGUUGUUGUGUUGUUUCGGUUUGCUUAUCGUGCUCGAAGUCGCCCUCUUCAUCUGGGAAUUCCAGAUAUCGGUAAACAACAACAUCCCGCUAGAGGCGGAGGAUUUCGGCUGUUUAGGGGCAACUGGAUUGCCGGAUUGGAAUUACAGUGUUGUCGCGGUUGCCAUCCUUGUUUUCAACUUGCUCAUGUUUAGCAUGACCAUCAUCAAGCUGUUUCCCGGCUGGCGCACCUCUCAAGGCCUGACUAUGGAAGCCCUCAGCACCCUCUUAAUCCGAGACGGUGCAAUCUACUUCGGUCUCGUCUGCACCUCGUCCGCCGUAUUAACAAUCAUGGUUUUCUCUUUUAUAACCCGGCCGGGACUGCAGCUGGCACCACUCCCAUGGUGUGUCGUCAUCAGUCCUAUAGCUGCAUGUCGAUUAUACCUCAACUUGAAAGCGAUGGGCCAAACAGGGCAGGUCUCUACCCAGCCCACACCAACCGGGGAAAGCACAAACAUCGUCACUCCCUGGUCCUGGGCCAUCCGUUGGACUACACGAAGAAAACACGACCUCAUGACGACAUGGGCCACCUCGGUGGAGCUCUCGCAUCUUGAGCAUGGGACGGAUAGGCGAUGACGACCGAUCUUCACGUUUUUUCUGGAAAAUUGGUCUUGUUUCGGACGUCUUCACCAUUUCAGUUCAAAGAGGUUUCCUGGUUUCUUAUAUGGUUCAUCUAAUGCGGUUUCAGUCUCCAUUCACACUUGGAAUUUCCAUCGAAUACCC